UCAGAGAUUGACAAUAUUGGGAAGAGAAUUAGGGAUUGAAAUUGGAAAAGAAAGGGGAGAAAACACAGUUGCCUGAAUAGGCGAAGCAGCUCAGAAUCAGAUAUUGCUAGUUUGCUACUACUUCACCCCUGCCCGCGAAAUCCAACUUGUAGUGCGACAACUGAACUUGACAAUGGCGGACAAAGAUUUACCGUUGAACAAUGGCUGAGGUGGAGGAGGAAAUUGAAGAACCCCAGGUAGGGAAAAUAUAGAACUCGGUUUCAAUAAUCUGAGUUCUUCCUCCUCGUUUAAGAAUGAGUUUUUUUUCCGCAAAACAUUAUUCGCCGUUGCCGGGGAUCGAACCCGGGUCACCCGCGUGACAGGCGGGAAUACUCACCACUAUACUACAACGACAUUUGUUUGAAUGCAUAGGCUUUGAUGCUGAACAUGGUAGGACCCGAUAAGUUAUCCCGGAUCCUCCUUUUAUUACCCCUAACCCAGUUGGAAAAUUGUUUUGGAUUCAAAGCAUGACAAACCUUUGGCGCCUUUCCUACACAAAGCUACUUUCACAGCUUUCCCAAACAAAGUCUUUGAACCCAGGUCUUCAAAUCCAAGCCCAUUUAACCAAAAUUGGAUUAUUAAAUGAUAGCAAACAUAGGAACCAUUUAAUCAAUUUGUAUUCAAAAUGUGGUGCUUUUGACUAUGCAUGGAAACUGCUCGAUGAAAGUCCUGAACCAGAUUUAGUUUCUUGGUCAUCUUUGAUUUCUGGGUAUGCUAAGAAUGGUUUUGGUAAAGAUGCUAUCUGGGCUUUCUUCAAAAUGCAUUCUUUGGAUCUUAAAUGUAACGAGUUCACUUUUCCUAGUGUGCUUAAAGCAUGUUCUAUUGAGAAGGAACUUUUUUUGGGUAAGCAGAUUCAUGGAAUUGUUGUGGUCACAGGAUUCGAGUCUGAUGUUUUCGUAGCGAAUACUUUGGUUGUUAUGUACGCAAAGUGUGGCGAGCUUCUAGAUUCAAGGUUGUUGUUUGAGGAAAUCCCCGAAAGAAAUGUUGUUUCUUGGAAUGCUUUGUUUUCUUGUUACACACAGAAUGAUUUUUUCAGCGAGGCGAUGCGCAUGUUCGGGGAUAUGAUAGUUAGUGGAGUCAGGCCCGAUGAAUAUAGUUUAUCCAACAUACUGAAUGCUUGUACUGGGUUAGGAGAUAUUGUUCAAGGAAAGAAAAUUCAUGGGUGUUUGGUGAAGCUUGGCUAUGAUUCUGAUCCUUUCUCGUCUAAUGCACUCGUUGACAUGUAUGCUAAAGGGGGAAAUCUAAAGGAUGCCAUUACAUUUUUUGAUGAAAUUGUGGUACCUGACAUUGUUUCGUGGAAUGCUAUUAUUGCUGGUUGUGUUCUUCAUGAAUGUCACCACCAGGCUAUAGAUAUGUUGAAUCAGAUGAGAAGUUCAGGAAUUUGGCCAAAUAUGUUCACAUUGUCGAGUGCUCUCAAGGCUUGUGCUGCACUGGAGCUCCCUGGGUUGGGUCAAGGGUUACACUCUCUUUUGAUAAAGAAAGAUAUCAUACUGGAUCCUUUUGUGAGUGUUGGCCUUAUCGAUAUGUAUUGCAAGUGUGAUUUAACCAAGGACGCGAGGUUGAUCUAUGAUCUGAUGCCCGGGAAGGACUUAAUCGCGUUGAAUGCUAUGAUCUCUGGUUACUCACAGAAUGAGGCAGACAAUGCAUGUCUAGACCUUUUUGUUCAGACAUUCACCCAAGGAAUUGGAUUUGACCAGACAACUUUACUUGCCGUCCUAAACUCUGCUGCUGGCUUGCAGGCUUCUAAUGUCUGCAAACAAGUUCAUGCACUUUCUGUGAAGUCGGGAUUUCAGUGUGACACCUUUGUCAUAAACAGUCUUGUUGAUUCUUAUGGAAAAUGUAGCCAGCUGGAUGAUGCAGCUACAAUUUUUGACGAGUGCCCUACUCCGGAUUUGCCAUCUUUUACCUCUCUCAUAACAGCUUAUGCUCUACUUGGUCGAGGUGAAGAAGCCAUGAAACUAUAUCUGAAGCUACAGGGCAUGGGUCUCAAGCCAGACUCAUUUGUUUGUAGUUCUCUCCUAAAUGCAUGUGCAAAUCUAUCAGCAUAUGAACAGGGGAAACAAAUACAUGCUCAUGUGUUGAAGUUUGGGUUCAUGUCAGAUGUGUUUGCUGGUAACUCUCUAGUUAACAUGUAUGCUAAGUGUGGAAGUAUAGAGGAUGCUAACUGUGCUUUCAGUGAGGUUCCUAGAAAAGGUAUUGUUUCAUGGUCUGCAAUGAUUGGAGGACUUGCCCAACAUGGAUAUGCGAAAAAGGCACUUCAUUUAUUUGGUGAGAUGCUGAAAGAUGGUGUAUCUCCCAAUCACAUAACAUUAGUUAGUGUCCUUUAUGCAUGUAACCAUGCUGGGUUAGUUGAAGAAGCCAAUAAGUAUUUUGAAACAAUGAAAGACUCGUUUGGGAUUGAACCAACUCAAGAGCAUUAUGCAUGCAUGAUUGAUGUCCUGGGCCGAGCUGGAAAAUUAGAUGACGCUAUUGAUCUCGUAAAUAAGAUGCCUUUUGAAGCUAAUGCAUCUGUCUGGGGUGCACUUCUGGGUGCUGCAAGAAUUCAUAAGAAUGUAGAGGUAGGGCAACGUGCUGCUGAGAUGCUUUUUAAUCUUCAACCAGAGAAAUCUGGCACUCAUGUUCUUCUUGCAAAUAUUUAUGCAUCAGUUGGGUUGUGGGGAGAUGUCGCAAAAGUAAGAAGACUGAUGAAGGACAGUAGAGUAAAAAAGGAACCUGGUAUGAGUUGGAUUGAAAUUAAAGAUAGUAUUUACACAUUUAUAGUGGGAGACAGAAGCCAUUCGCGAAGUGAUGAAAUAUAUGCCAAACUGGAGGAGUUGGGACAGCUAAUGGCUAAAGCUGGUUAUGUUCCUAUGGUAGAUACUGAUCUCCAUGAUGUAGAGAGGAAACAAAAGGAGAUUCUUCUCUCCUAUCACAGCGAGAAACUAGCUGUUGCAUUUGGGCUGAUUGCUACACCUCCUGGUGCUCCUAUUAGAGUGAAGAAGAACCUUCGGAUUUGUUUGGACUGCCAUACAGCAUUCAAGUUCAUUUGUAAAAUCGUCUCUAGGGAGAUCAUUAUUAGAGAUAUUAACCGCUUUCACCAUUUCAAAGAUGGCUCUUGUUCAUGUGGGGAUUACUGGUGAUACUUGAAGGUGGACCACUGUCUAUUUGUUGCAAGAUCUUGCCAAUGAGCAAGUCUGCAGUUAUUAAUUCCUAUCAAAGCUGAUGAUAGGUUAGUUGAAUGAUUUCAACCAAAAAUAAAUUUCUGCAGUUAGCUGAUGAUAGGUUGUUGCAAGAUCUUGCCAAUGAGCAAGUCUGCAGUUAUUAAUUCCUAUCAAAGCUGAUGAUAGUUUUGAUGGGAUAGAUCAUUUCUUGGGUUACGAUUUGAGGAUGGCUCCGUUCCUUGUGUGGGUGAGGACUUGUUGUGUGACAGUGCUGGCCGGUUGCCUGGGAGGGACCGAAGUGAUCGUAGAAGUGCUGGAGUGUUGUUACCGACUUCGUUUCCUGGACUUAAUGGUAUCAGUGACCUUGGCUUCAGGCUUUUCAGUUCCUUGAUUGGCUUCAUCUUGCUGGUUGCUCCAUUGACAGGGAACAUACGGGUUAUGUAUUAGUGGAAAGAUUACAGAUAUGGUGAAACAAUACUGAAGCUAACAGAAUUAAAAGCUAACCCACGUAGGAGUUGUUCUUCCACUUGUACCACCUGGGAAGUAGAGCCAAUGAAGAAGGAUCACCCUACUCAGGACAGAAUCUCAGGUAGUUAGAACAUCAGCUUUACAGUGUGGGAUGUUGGUGGUCAAGACAAGGCUUCAUCGUAUAUGUCUCGGCAAUCACAGUCAAUCUCUCUUCUAGAAGCAACUGAUAAGCAGAUCAGUGAAAAAGUUUGUGGGGAACAUGUAAAACGCCUGAAGGAGGCUCGUAGCAUAUACUGAGAAGAAGUAUCGUGUUUCUCUAUUUUCUUGGUGGAAGCAGAGAGGGAUGUAUGCAGUAUGCAUGUGGAUUGUUCAGUUACUUUUAACUCUUAGCAAAGAGGACUCAGUCUUCAUCUAUACUCCUGAGUACUAUUUGGAAACCUUGGUGGACUGCUUCCAUGUACUUCGUAAAAGUGACCCUCCUUUCGUCCCUGCUACAAUUUUUCUCAAGCAAGGACUUACAUCGUUUGUUACUUUCGCUGUCACCCACUUCAAUGAUCCAAGGAUAUCCAGUGCGGAGAUGCGAGAUCUUCUUCUGCAGUCUAUUUCUGUCUUAGUGCAGUACAAGGAGUUCUUGGCUACUUUUGAAUGCAAUGAAGCCGCAAUGCAGAGAAUGCCUAAAGAGCUACUGUCUGCUUUUGACAAUAGAUCUUGGAUUCCUGUAACAAAUAUACUUCUCCGGUUGUGCAAGGGUUCAGGUUUUGGUUCAUCAAAACGUGGCGAAUCUUCUUGAAUCCAAAGCCGGUGCAAACGAUCUUGGAACAAAACUCGGUGGAGUAUGGGUCCGUCCCUCGACCUUUCUCCCAUUUAUAUACUAGGCAUUAAUCAGCGACAUGGUUCGAAUUGAUGUUGUGCUUUUAUCGCACAUCUAUCGCACAUCGAAUUGAUGUUGUGCUUUACUUGCUUUACCUUUGAAACAAAGCCCCGUGGGCCGAGCAAUGAGAUUGAUAUUAGGAGAGAGAAGACUGAAACCUGAUACUUCUGACAAGAAAAAAAAGAAUUUUCAAUUUGCAGACUUGCAUUGACCUACUGAUUAAGGAUUAUUAUUUCCUGUAUUUAGUAGGCGAAUACUAGAUUAGUCUCACCAGUUAUUAAUGGUUCCAGGGAGAUCAUCUUAGCUUUCCGUAGAUGUGUCUAACCAAAAAAUGAUGUUCCUUCAGCUUUUGGUCCUUAACCAUCCAAAGUUGUUAAGGUAUUUUCAAUUGAAACUUUCAUUUUUGUAUUUCUUCUUUCAAGAUACUAACGACUUCCCUUUUUUAA